AUGGCCCCUCGUCGACGCUGCCCUAUCUGCGGCUCGAAGCAGUGGCAUAAGGAGCCUUCCAGUGGACUGAUCACCUGUAGGGAGGGGCAUGUUCUGCAGAACUAUCGUAACGAGACGAGGGAAGUCACCGAGCUCGGCCCGCACGCGCUGAAGAAACGCGCUCUGAAGUCGACCCGGAAAAAGAAAGAGAAGGAGAGUAAAGCAGACCCGAGACUCUACCAUGGCGACCGCGCGCGGUAUCACUACUUUCAGUGCCUGCAGUUGAUUUUGCGAAUGCAAGUAGCGGCCCUCAUACGGUUAUGGGGACUGCCACCAGAGUUUGAGGUAAGCAUAUGCCUGCUUCCUGACCCGCCUCCAGCGGAACCUCUGUCGGCCGCGCAACACUCAUCAGACUCCCCAGAGCCAAAGCCAGACCAACCCCAUCACGAGGAUUUGCCAGACCACAGAGGAAGCGACGACGAAGGGGAUCCCGACAAGACCGCCGAGCCUGCCAAUAGCGAGUCAUCCUCGUCGACGAGUGACGAGGAGGAUGACCCGGAAAUGGUGGAGCUCAUGCGACAGGCGGAGGAGGCGUCCUCCUCGUCCGACGAGGAGGAAGGUACCCGCUCACCGUACGAAAAAGAAGACUUUGGAAGGAAGUACGACUUGCCGGUGAACAACCUCGCAGUGCUGGUAGUGGCUUGCUGGACACUGCGACUACCCGUGACAUACAUGGACUUCGUGAGACUGGUUGAGGCUUACGAUCUCCCGUACCUCGACCCGAUCCGACUCCUCCCUGAAAGCAGCGCACUGUCUCCCGAGCAUGCGCCAUUAGUCAUACUUCUACAUGGCCUCGCAGCAAGGCUCGCUAAACUCAUGUACUCCACAUACCAAGUGCAAAUCCCAGAAAUGAAUGCAGCGCCGACGUUAUGGCGAGCCGUGCGCUCUCUAUGCGGACGCGUAUCGACACUCUACGUGUUGACCAAGAAGGUCGCUCGCGUACUGUCAGUGCCUUUAACAUUGCACCGUACGCUCGCCUCACCUCUGCAACGCGCCAAGAAGAAAGAUCCGACGUGGCAUAAAUUUGACAACGCUGUCCCUGAGGUCUCUCUGAUAGCCACCGUGAUCGUCGUUCUCAAACUGGUGUAUGGGCUGGAUGACAAAACCAGAGCACCCAAGGAAAGAACUGACCCGGCAUGUUCCCUACCUCGUGUAGACGAGCUUCUGGAUUGUAUCAAGAAUCUGGACGAUACAGCACAAGAACACCAUCGGUUCUCUGCUACUUUGCCAUUGGCAAGGUCCGUCCAUGAUAUGGACGACAAUGCACUUGACAACUACUUGGCUUUCUGCGAGAAGGCCCUUCUGCCGCUUGAGGAUCGGACGGUAGAACGGAAUGCAGCAACAACUUUCUUCCCUCUUUCCUUGGAAGACAAGGAGAGGCAGGAGAAGACACACACCCCGACGGCCGAGCCUACCACUUUGCAAGCGACAUUACUCCGGGCGGCACAUUGGUGCGGCGUCCAUGACGACUACGUCGCUGGUGUAGUCGAGAGGUUCGAGCGACGGUUGUUGCGCUGGUGGUCCAGGAGGACCGACCGAGAAGACGCAGAAACCGAUGACCAGGCAGACGAAGACGGACCAGUGUAA